AUGAGCCAUGUAGGAAACCCAGGACAACCGAGAACUGUUGCGAGCGGUAAUGGUGUUGCACCGAGCUCCAGACGUCCAGCAUCGAUAGCCGAGCUUGCGGAGCAGGCCAAAAUUGACGUUUGGGACGAGUCUCGGGAAUUCAAACAGCACUUGCGGGUGGCAGAGAGAUAUCGACGAGAAGGCAAAGAAUCUGCGAAGAAGGGCGAUCUCGAGACUGCGUUUGUGCAACUCGCCCGGGCGGCUACACUCGUGCUCGAAAAGCUGCCAUCACACCGCGAUUACCACAAGGUGCUGAACGCCAACCAGCGCACCAAUCUAUCACUGAAUGGACAGGAUAUCUUGGAUCAUCUAAGUGAAUUAAAACCUUCUAUCGUGGAUCGAUAUGAAAAAUGGCUACAAAGGCAUCCUGACGGGGAUCAUGAGCGAACCCCGAAUGCCAGGACGCAACUGAUAGGAAAUGACGAUGCCGCUCGUGCACAGGCCCAAAGGGAGCAAUUUCAGGAGGAAGAGCGCGCGAGGCAGCGAGAGCGGGAACACCAACAACGGGUUGCGGCGGAGGAAGCGGCAAAAUGGAAGUGGCAGCGCGAGCAGCAGUAUGCGCAUGAUGAGGCAGAACGGGCGAAGCGGAAAGAGGCUGCUCGGGUAGCCGCAGCGGCGUCCAACACUCCUAAGGCGCCACCUCCUGAUUACACCUUCCAGCGGACGCCGAAUCAAAUUCACAAUCAUGGCUACGGAUCGCAGAGCACUGUUGUUUUGGCUGAUGGACGUACUCCAGAGGAAAUUGCCCGGCAGGCACAGCAGGAGCAAAUGAGGCUGCGGGAAGAGGAAAUCAAGCAGAAGAGAAAGCAGGAACAGGAUGGGAUUAUUAGACGUCAACGCGAGGCAGAAGAGGCUGCUCGUAUAGCUCGACAGAACAUCGCUCCUCCACCCCUUGAUGCGCAUGCCUCUUCGAUGUCAUCUACCGACUUCUAUGGUCAUGGGCAGUCUCAAUCGCCCGCGGUUUCGACGCCUUCAUCCAAAGGCCAUAUUGAAUAUCCUGCCAUACGACGAAUGCCUCUCCAAAGCCCGGUAUAUGAAGGCGACUCAACUGACUCGGAAUCGCUGCACAGCACAACACGAGUAAUCGAAUACAGAACCCCAAUCCGCAAUGUCAGGAGCCCAUCGUAUCCUCCGCCUAUAACAACUACAUCUCCCGUUCCGGGAAUUGGACCUAUUCAAUACCCCAACUUGAUGUCCCAGCACCAAAAGGCUCAGGGUUAUUUCCCUUCUCUAAAUUCCAUGUUCGACCCAGUAGAUAAGCAUCACAACUCCAGUUCAAUUCUUUUCGGUUCAAAUGGGAACGACAGCAAUUCUCUGUACCCUUCAGGAUACCCCCAGCAGCAUAGCGCCUACCCACCUCCCGGUCUCGGCGGCAUUCCGCCACAGAUGGCACCCCCUACGCAAACGGAGGUCGCUCGGAUGCCUCGCCCGCCAAAUGCAGUGUUUGACCCUAAUGUGCCCUUGAAGACAGUCAGUCUUCCUAGAGAAUGUCUGCCAAGAUUCCUUGCAAUCGCCAGAGUGAACACGGAGAGGAACAAGGAGACGUGUGGAUUGCUUUUAGGGAAGGAUAAAGGACACAAAUAUGCAGUCACCACGCUGCUUAUUCCGAAGCAAAGCUCUACGAGCGACACGUGCACUAUGGAUGAGGAAGAAUUGGUCUUACAGUUCACGGAGGAGCGAAGUUUGAUUACCCUUGGAUGGAUCCAUACCCAUCCAUCGCAAUCAUGUUUUAUGUCCUCGGUCGAUCUUCACACACAUUCAGGUUUCCAGCGCAUGCUUCCAGAGUCAUUUGCUGUCGUUUGUGCUCCAAAAUCCAACCCGAACUUUGGAAUCUUCCGUUUGACGGACCCUCCGGGACUCGACAUCAUACUUCGAUGUAACGCCAAAGAAGCAUUCCAUCCUCAUCCCGAUGAACCGAUAUACACUGAUGCUGAUAAGGGACACGUGCAAAUGAAGGAUUCCAGUCUUGAAAUUGUAGACUUAAGAUGA